AUGGUGACUAUUAUUGGCGUACUCUGCAUUUUAAUCCACUGCGAAUACAAGAGUAUCACUAUCGUUAGAGGCCACAUUCACUUGAAUACGAUCGGUCACAUCGCACUCGUGCAGCUCAAUCUUCUCUGGAUACUUCUGAAGCAAGAUGUCAAGAUCAGACCUAGCAGGAAUAAGCGUGGGGUAACGGGAUGUGGCUCAAACCUUCUCAACGUCGGGAUGCUCACAAAAUUCACGCACAAUUUCCGCCCCAAGAUACCCACUGGCUCCAAACACUGUAACACGCUUAGCUGGCUUUGGAUUUAG